UUGAGCCGGUAUAAAAACAAGAGACUAGAAGAGACAUCCCGCACACUUAGAGAAGACGCGGCUCUCGUGGGUGCGCUUACGGCCUCUUUUAGAAAAAGGACAUUUUUUAUAUUCACUCUUAGGUUAAAUUAUUAGAAUUCGCACAAGAAUUUCCCCACAUUUAAGAUUAGCGACAUUUUCAUUUGGGGGAAACAGAACUGGAAGGGAAAGAAACAUUCAAUAACAGCGCUAAGAUGAGGUCGUCAGAACAGUCGCACAAAAUUUAAGUAAGAAAAAGAUUUUUUAUUUUCUUACGAGUUCCGUUCAUUUGAACCCGAUUGAUCUCCAAGAAUUGCCCACAGAGGAGCUCCCAAGCCAGACAUGACAGGGUGUUUGGCAAGAGUGAGCCGGUACAUGGCCCCCACCGUGUACCCUGAAGUGCCAGACGGCGGCUGGGGCUGGGUUGUAGCCGCAGCCUUCUUCUUCGUGGAGGUGUUCACUUACGGGAUCAUCAAGUCCUUUGGCAUCUUUCUGCCUGACCUCAUGGAACAGUUUGGUGAAAGCAACAGCCGUGUGUCAUGGAUUAUCUCCAUCUGCAUCUUUGUCAUGACCUUCACAGCCCCUCUGGCCUCGGCAACGAGCAGCCGGUUCGGCCAUCGGCCCGUGGUCCUGUGCGGAGGUUUUCUGGUCUCCUUGGGCACCAUCACCACCGCUUUCACCAACUCCGUCAACGAGAUGUACAUCACAAUGGGCAUCGUCUCAGGCCUAGGCUACUGCCUCACCUUCCUACCCACGGUCACCAUCCUGUCACUGUACUUCAGCCGGCGAAGAUCCCUAGUCACCGCCGUCGCUUCCACAGGAGAGUCUUUCUGCAUGUUCGCUUUUGCUCCAGCCUUCACUGCCAUGAAAGAGCAGGUCGGCUGGCGUUACUGCCUACUGGCAAUGGGGGUGCUCCAGGCUGUCAUCAUGGUGUGCGGAGCCCUGCUACGGCCAAUUGUCAUAAAACCUAAACCCACGCAAGACUCCGAUGUUUCCGAGAUCUCGGUGGCGCCGCUGGAAACCACCUACGCCCUGGAGAACGAACUCACUCGUACUUCCAUAACAUCGGCGGACUCAGGCCUCCAGUCUCUGUCCACCUCCUGUCCAAACUUGUCAAGUGAGCCAGAGAUGACUGAGGAGAAGCCGCCGCCCACCGAGGAGCAGGUGCCGCUCAGGCAGGUAGAGGAGCAGCCGAGCACACCGGCCCCAAAGCCGCAGCUCCUGGACUUCUCUGUCCUCCGGGACGGAGGCUUCAUCUGCUACGCCAUGUUCGGCCUCUUUGCCACGCUGGGCUUCUUUGCGCCUCAGCUGUACAUUAUCCCGCUGAGCGUGAGCCGAGGCGUUGCCGCAAGUCGUGCUGCCUGCAUGCUGUCUAUCAUAGCUGUGGCAGAGGUGUUUGGCAGGCUCUCGGUAGGCUGGGCGAUGGGCCUGGCGCCUGUUCGUAAGCUGCACGUGCUGCUAGGCUGCGUGGUGCUGCUGGCAGUGGUUCUGGCCGUGUUCCCGGCUGCGGACGGCUUCUGGGCGCUGAGCGUCUGCUGCGUGCUCUACGGCUUCCUGCUGGGCACCGUCGCCUCCACUCACAUACCCAUGCUGGCCGAAGAUGAUGUGGUGGGUGUGGAGCGCAUGCCCUCGGCUGCCGGCGUCUACGUCUUCAUCCAGAGCUUCGCAGGGCUGGCCGGACCACCCCUGGGAGGCUACCUGGUAGACCGCACCAAAAACUACGGCUCAGCCUUCUACUCAUGUGCCGUGGGCAUGGGCCUGGGGGCCCUGUUCCUUGGGUUUGUGCUGCCUGCCAAGAGGGCUGCCUGCUGCAAAAGCCAAACAGGGGCCCCGGGGAACGCCAGGGAGGCUGACGUGACCCACGAGGACACGCCCGUGGACUUCAUGGAGGUGGACCUGGUGCCAGACAGUCCUGCCGGGGUCACCGCCUGAGAACUUGACAGGAAGAACCGACAGGAGAAUGGAAACCAGCUCAAUUUUGUUUGUAAAUUCCUGGAGAACUUGAAAAACUACUGCUGUAGUGCGUCACCUAUGCAUCCAAGCCAGCGGUCUUCAUGUAACACUCAUCCGCUCACAGCCUCAAAUUUCAGCUCUGCUUCAAACAAAGAAGGGGUGUCCAGGAACUCCGACAAACAACCAAAGGCAAGGUGACCCUUGACCCUUUCAUAGGCUGCCUGUUGCUCAACUGGGUCAUUUAGCGAUAAUACAGAACAACCUCUUAAAUUCUGCUGCUGAUUUUAAUUUUUGAGUUUAACAAACUAUUUUGUAAUUUCCAGUGUUAGUACCUCUUGGAAGGAAUGUGCCAAGUCUGGCGUAAAAGACAACUUGAAUUACUGUCAUACGUACAAGUGAAUCCUAAGCUGAAGCGCAACAAGACAACAUUCACACGAGUUUUUAAAAAAAAAAAAAAAAAAGCGCCACUUGCCAGCCCUCCUUUUC